CAUGAAACAAAAACAAAAAAAAGCUUGCUCACAGCGUCAAAACUGAAAACCUAACAACAACAUCAAAGCGAUAAAACUCGUAAUUUUUCGUGUUUUUCACUAUUAAUUUUGUCUUGGAACUGUAUAUAAAGAGUGUAACUUAUUUGGUUGUUUAACAAAUUCGCCCAAAAUGGACAGACAGUGCAGUGAACUAAAAAUCAAACAAGAAACACCUGAUGAGACCGACUAUAAUUAUGGUAUUGGAGAAAUACCCAGUGCAGAGCCAAGAAAUGCACACUUCGAAUGCGAUCCAUCAUCGAACAGUGCAGCAAUUACAGAUUUCAAACAAAUUAAAAAAGAAGAUGAUCUCAUUUUGGAUUCCCGCGAAAAGAAUGAUCUGAAUAUGAAAAACGCAUUAACAAAUGAAAGACUGAAAAGUGAACCGCUCGAGCCCAAUAUUGAACCGGGAUAUCAAUCCAACUACAUUAAGCAAGAACCGGAGCUCAUGCUUGAAUCGGAUGAGUUGCCACCCGAUCAGGAAUCGUCAAGCGAAACCUCCGCCACUAAACCACCACAAAAGAAACGCACGGCCACCAUAUACCGACAGCUAAUCGAUCCAAACAAGUGCUACCUUUGCGAUCUAAUCUUCGACAAUCCCGAAAGCCGCGAAAUGCAUCUAGCUGUGCACAUGGAUAUGCUGCCCUAUGAGUGCGAGGUAUGCACCAGCGAAAGUGGAGCUCCGGUGAAGAUCACUUCUUCGCUGGUUCAACUCCAUCGCCACGUCCAAAUGCAUACGAACAAACUCAAAUGCCCAAAGUGUCCAUCGCGAUUCAACAAGAAAAGAUCGUUGACCGAGCACGUUUUGACGAAACAUAGCAAAGAUGCUGGAGAUAAGGAGGCUUGCCCGAUCUGUGGGGUAAAGAUGAUCAGAAGAUACCUAAUGAGACACAUGCGAGGACACGAAUCGCUGGAGGAAGGUCGGUACACUUGUUCCUUCUGUGGGAGGAAGUGUAAAAGCAGACCUUGCCUGAUUUCGCAUGAACGAUGCCACACCAACGAGCAUCCAUACAAGUGCAAGUAUUGUUCGAAAACCUUCAAAACCCAGAGCCCUCUGAUAGGUCACGAGCGAAUUCAUACCGGUGAGAAACCGUACAGUUGCCAGAUUUGCGGCAGCAGCUAUCGAUGGUUGAGUUCCUUGAAAGUUCACUCCGAAGCGGCUCAUGGAACGACCUUGGAAACCCCUUCGCAACCGCCAGAGUACAAAUGCGAAAUGGAGGGAUGCGAUUUCAGAACCAACAAGCGGACUCAGCUCACCAAGCAUAGAGCGAAGCACCGAAUGGAGUAUCAGUGUACGUUUUGCUCGAAACGUUUCCCAGAUGGAAACCAACUGAAGAUGCACGAGGGUAUCCACCAGGAGAGGAACUUCCAUUGCGAACAGUGCUCGAAGAGUUUUCGCACAAAGAGAUACUUGACCAAACACAUGGUGCUGCACGGUACAAAUCGACAGUUUGUGUGCAGAACAUGCGACAAAUCAUACUUUACAAAACAAUAUCUUAGAAAACACCUCAUGAAGCAUGUCGAAUGUCAAAGCAAGGAUCAAAUGGACGUUAUCAUUGGCAAAAAGACCGCAGUGAAUCCAACGACAUCAAGGGCGAAACGUAAUCAGUGAAAUAAAUUGUUUUCAAACAUCA